AAGGGGGAAACAAAUUUACUUUCUGGUACAUCUGCACUCCAGCACAGCCCAUCCAGCUCCCCGCAGCGAGCUUAUAUGAGAGGAAAGGGGGAAGUUUUGAGUUGAGAGAAAGUUGCCAGGGUCAGUCGUCCGUCAGCAUGGCUGGAGGCUCGGUGUCGGAGUGUAAGGAGUACUUGUUCAAAGUCUUGGUGAUCGGGGAACUAGGCGUCGGGAAGACCAGCAUCAUCAAACGCUAUGUGCACCAGCUUUUCUCGCAGCACUACAGGGCGACGAUCGGGGUAGACUUUGCACUUAAAGUUAUCAACUGGGACAGCAAAACGCUGGUCAGGUUACAGCUGUGGGACAUCGCAGGUCAAGAGCGUUUUGGGAACAUGACACGGGUGUACUACAAAGAGGCUGUGGGGGCGUUUGUGGUGUUCGAUGUGACAAGAGGCUCCACGUUUGAGGCCGUGUCCAAGUGGAAGCAUGACCUGGACAGCAAGGUCAAGCUGGCUAAUGGCAACCCCAUCCCCUCAGUGCUCCUGGCCAACAAAUGUGACCAGAAGAAGGACAGCACUAACAACACGUCCCUAAUGGACAACUUCUGCAGAGAGACCGGCUUUCUGGGCUGGUUUGAAACCUCAGCCAAGGACAACAUCAAUGUGGAUGAGGCGGCGCGUUUCCUGGUAGAGAAUAUCUUGGCCAAUGACAAAGGCUUGCCAUACGAGGAGAGCAACGGAGACCGGAUCAAGCUGGAUCAUGAGCCUCAGGCUGAGAGCAAGUCGGGCUGCUGCUAACGCUCAAUCCAGUCACAUCAGCCGUGCCAUUCACUCAUGUGCCCUGGACUUCCAAGUUUCCGAUUGUUGACUCCCUGACCUAUCCCCAACUGGACAAUAGGAGUCCAAUUUUUGGUACCUGUUGUCUGAAAUUUUUUCACUGCCUCACAACCACCAAAGCUAAUCUCCUUCUUUGACCUUGUGUCUCCAAACCCCAGAUGGUCUGUAUAUUUUUUCUCACCGCACAAUUCACCCAGUAUGGACUCCAUCCCCUGUGUCCUGCUGCACACUAACAUCCCCACACACCCUCUGAAGCCCUGGACUGUGCCUCUCCAAAUAACGGGUGUAAACCAUGCAAAAUGUUGACAUGCAAGCUACAAGCCAACCUGUUGACUCUUUUUUUCCCCCCCUUUCAGUCACAUUAGUCUCUUUUCUCUCCAUAUUCGUUUGUCUGUUUUUGUUGAGGUCAUUCAUGUAGCUUUUGUUUGUAGAAAAAAAAACACACUUACUUUACUGUUGAGUGUUUCAGGAGUUUCUCAUCAACUAAUACAGACAGAUAUUAAUGUCUCUCAAACGUUACUCUUACCCAUAUUUUUGUGUCCCCAGCUGUUCUUAUAUUGCUACAAUAUAAAAUAUAUUAAGCAAAGAAAGGGGCAUCGUACGUACAGUAAUCAAGCUGUCAUAUUUCAUGUUGACAGUAUUGUUGUGUGUCAUAUUUUCUCUGAAAGCAUGAACAAAGUUAGUGAAAUAAUGUGCCAUAAUAAGUAUUUUUCUUAUUUUAAUAGGAAGGUAUGUGACACUUUUAUGUGUUGACUGCAAACAUCGACAAGGACGCAGAAGGCCAUCAGAAAAGUCUGAAAAACUCUAAUGAAGUUGCCAUAUGAGAAACGGAGAAAUCUUUGAUUGAUUUGGUGUUUUCAGUGGUGUAUCUGAGGUCCAUCAGGAAGAUCUGAGGUCUAUAUUUUUUAAAAUGUUUUCGGCUAUGUGUUAUGUAGCUAGCCAACGAAACACAUCAGACAGAGGACUGCUGUCAUACCCGUGGGGAUUACAAUGUUGCUAAUGUUGUCGAUUGAAGUAUUAAAGUUUUUUUUUUUUUUUUUUAAUUAUGGAGAUAUAAUAAUGACGUUUACACAUGAAAAUACUUUAAAUCUACAACAAGAAAAGAAUAAACCUUUUAACCUUU